AUGUCUAAACAAUUGGUCGAAGUAUAUAUUGCAUGUUUAUCAGAUGAAGAAAAACAAAUACUUAACGAUAACGGUUUAAAUCUUCCACUUUCAACUACGUCACCACCAACUUUUGAUUAUGCAAAGUAUCGGCGUGUUCUUCACCUUGGAGGUCUUUAUCACCAUUUAUGGUGGUGGUGUAAUCUUCGAAGAGAUGAAUGUAUUGGUGCUGAAGGUCGUUUUAUACUUACAGAAUUAUUAUUGAAGCUUUUUGUAAGUCGAUGUCCCGCUAUUUAUCGGUUUUCUUGUGAUGCAACUUGGUUACUCGAAAGAUAUGAUAUCACAUCUUACCCAGGAGCUGAAUCCUGUUUGCAACAUAUUCGUAGAUUAACUCUUACUGGAAAAAGACUACGUAAAUAUUUUGAAAAAUUCUCAAUUUGUCAUGCUCAAAGGAAUUUACAAGAUUUAGAACUUCAUGGUGAUUAUUACGGACAUGAUACUGGUGGAAGAAUUAUCGCAGCCUUACAAAGUCAAUCCGAAACUUUAACUCGAUUAAAAUUAAGUUAUGUUCGAUUUGAAGGUCAACCUCCAUUCUUUGGAAUUGGUGCUUGUAAGAAUUUGGAAAUUUUGGAAUUUGAUGGUUGUGAUGGAUUAACUACAGAGAUGUGUAGUCCAAUGGUAGAAUCAUCAUUAACCAAAUUAUCACAAUUGAAUAUCUCAAAUUCUGACAUUCCCCUUGAAAUUGUAACAUCAUUAGCUUAUAAUGCUAAUACCAGCUUGCGCGAAGUAACGUUAUGUUCAACGCAGAGUACAAAAUAUUUAGUACAAGUAAUUAACUCGCUUGUUAAAAAUUGUCCGAAUAUUACUAAAUUUGAAUCAAAUCAAAUUCAUGGUAUUGAAGAGGUGUCAGCAAUUUGCACUCUCUUGUGCAGUUCUCAACAACUUGAAAGCUUGGCAAUUUAUGGAGCAAGUUUAGAUGCAGAAACUUUUUUACCAGCGAUAGGUCAAUCAAUACCAGAUAGCCUUCGAAGGUUAAAUAUUUCAUCGGAAUGGUCAUUUACCACGACGGCUUUUGAAUCUUUUCUGAAAAAUUGUAAAGCGCCAUUAACUUGGCUGACACUUUCAGGAUGUGAAUGCAUCACUGACGAAUAUCUUGAACUCGUCGUACAAUAUUUAGGAAAAACGUUACAAUAUCUCGGAGUAUAUCGCGCCGUAUAUAACAGAAUGGAAUCUUUUGAUAAAGUCAGAGAAGUAAUACCCGAGGUUGAUGCACCAGUAGAAAGUCACUUAAAAUUUUACCAAAGGAAAUGCCACCGUGAUGAUUGA